AUGAGGGCUAUCCUCCCCCUCCUCUCCCUCGCCUCCAUGGCCCAGGCCCUCUACUUCUACAUCGACGUAACAACCCCCCGCUGCUUCUUCGAAGAGCUCCCCAAAGACACCCUCGUAGUAGGCCACUACGUAGCCGAAGAAUGGGACGACCAGCGCCACCACUGGGCCAAGCACGAGGGCAUCUCGAUUUACAUUUCCGUUGACGAAAUCUUCGACAACGACCACCGCGUCGUCUCCCAGCGCGGCGGCCCCUCGGGCAAAUUCACCUUCACCGCCGCCGAAGCCGGCGACCACAAAAUCUGCUUCACCCCCUCCUCCUCCAGCGGCCGCUCCUCCUGGUUGAGCAUGGCCCAGCCCAACGGUGGCAUCCGCCUCACCCUCGACAUGGCCAUCGGCGAGACCUCGGCCAUCGACAGCAGCGACAAGUCCAAGAUUGCCGACCUGGCCACCCGGGUCAAGGACCUGAACGCGAGGCUGAAUGACAUCAGGAGGGAGCAGGUGUUUCAACGUGAGAGAGAAGCCGAAUUCCGCGAUCAAUCCGAGUCCACCAACGCUCGCGUCGUCCGCUGGAUCUUGAUUCAAUUGUUUGUCCUUGCUGGUACCUGUGCUUGGCAGCUGAGCCAUCUUAGGAGCUUUUUUAUUAAGCAGAAGCUAACGUGA